AAGCCAAAUAUUCCGACGUUUCCACUUCAGCAAUCUUCCCUCUAAAACCAAUAUACAAAUCCUAUAUCAUCAUGUGUAUGAAGGCUACCUGCUCGACCUGCAACAAGGUCACCUGGUGGGGCUGUGGAAGCCAUAUCCCUUCGGUGAUGGACUCAAUUCCCGAAGGCGAUUGGUGUGCCUGCACACCUCAAGUUGAGAAGGAUGGGAAGAAGUACCCUCCCAAGGCGGCGAAGGCCGGCUGACUACAAGGCUGUGUGAUUUGUUAGUUUGAGGAAGUGAGUGUCGCAUGUUUUUGAAAAA